CAUUUGGAUGGAACAUCAGCCCAGCAGCUUUCAAACUAGAGCUUCUGGGAAUGGCAAAAUGAGUGCUGUCAUACGAUGAUGAUGGCAAAAAAACAAGAUGCCCGGGCACCAAUCUACAAUCUUGUUGUGCUAGGUUUGUCCGGGACUGAAAAGGAAAAGGGGCAGUGUGGGGUAGGAAAGUCCUGCCUUUGUAAUCGCUUUGUUCGCCCCAGUGCUGAUGAUUUUUAUUUGGACCACACAUCUGUUUUAAGCACAAGUGACUUUGGUGGUAGAGUGGUAAACAAUGACCACUUCCUGUUUUGGGGCGAGGCGGUACGAAUGUUGGAGGAGGGCGCUGAGUGCCGAAUGCAUGUGGUGGAACAGACCGAGUUCAUUGAUGACCAAACGUUUCAGCCACAUCGAAGUACUGCAUUACAGCCCUAUAUCAAGCGGGCAGCUUCCACCAAACUAGCCUCUGCUGAGAAGCUUAUGUAUUUCUGCACAGAUCAGCUAGGACUAGAGCAAGACUUUGAGCAGAAGCAAAUGCCUGAAGGCAAGAUUUUAGUGGAUGGAUUCUUACUCUGUGUAGAUGUGAGCAGGGGAAUGAACCGAAAUUUUGAUGACCAGAUCAAGUUUGUGACCAAUCUCUAUAACCAGCUAGCUAAGACCAAGAAGCCAGUUGUACUUGUGCUGACCAAGUGUGAUGAAGGAGUUGAGCGGUACAUCAAAGACUCACACACCUUUGCCUUGGCCAAGAAGAAUUUGCAGGUUGUUGAAACCUCGGCACGCUCUAACGUUAAUGUUGACCUUGCCUUUCUUACCUUGGUGCAGUUGAUAGAUAAGAGUAGAGGGAAGCCCAAGAUCAUUCCAUAUUUUGAAGCACUCAAGCAGCAGAGUCAGCAGAUAGCAUCCUCUAAGGAUCGCUAUGAGUGGCUGGUAAGCCGCAUUGUGAAGAACCAUAAUGAAACAUGGCCCAACAUCAACCGCAGAAUGCAGACAUCCCCUGAAUACAAAGAGUACGUCUUCCUCGAGGGUACUUCCAAGGCCAAAAAACUAUUCCAGCAGCAUGUGCACAGGCUCAAGCAAGAGCAUAUAGAAAAACGGCGUAAAAUCUAUCUCAGCACACUCCCACAGGCUCUCAAUUCCUUGGUUCCAGCCCUGGAUGAGAUUGAUCACCUGAGCUGGUCAGGAGUACAGAAAGUUCUCGAGACUAAGCGGGAAUUCUCCCACUGGUUUGUAGUGCUGGAUGACACACCUUGGGAAAUUACACCACACAUUGACAACAUGGCAGAUGAACGCAUUCCUCAGGAUCUUUUGGAAACCCCUGCAGCAGAGCAAAUCUAUGAGACUCACUUAGAACACCUGCGCAAUGAGCGAAAGCGGGCAGAAAUGCAAUGGGAGUUCAAAGAGAAACUUGCGUCUUCGCCAUUUGUUACACCUGGCAAACCCUGGGAGGAAGCUCGUAGCUUCAUCAUGAAUGAGGAGUUCUAUCAGUGGCUGGAGGAGCCUGAGUACCUUGAUAUCUAUAACAAAUACCAGAAGAUUAUUAUUGACCAAGCCAAGGAGGACUUCCAAGAACUUUUACUGGAGUAUUCUGAGUUGUUCUAUGAGCUUGAAGUUGAUGCUAAGCCCAGUAAAGAAAAAAUGGGUGCCAUCCAGGAGGUUCUUGGAGAGGAGCAGAGGUUCAAGGCCCUGCAAAAGCUUCAAGCUGAAAGAGAUGCCCUAGUGCUCAAGCAUAUUCAUUUUGUCUACCACCCUACUAAGGAAACCUGUCCUAGCAGUCCUCAAUGUGUGGAUGGCAAAAUCGAGCAACUCUUAGCCCUUCGUUUUCCCACUCGAUAUUGCUUAGAUGGGAGCUCAAAAUCACAAUUUGGUGAGGGAAAGGUAGACAGAAUUAAUCUUGUGAUCCUUGGCAAAGAUGGACUUGCAAGAGAGUUAGCAAAUGAGAUCAGAGCCCUGUGCACCAAUGAUGAACGGUAUGUGGUAGAUGGAAGGACUUAUGAACUGGCUCUUCGACCUAUAGAGGGAAAUGUACGCCUUCCAGUGAACUCCUUCCAUACCCCCACUUUUGCCCCACACGGUUGCCUCUGCCUCUACAAUUCAAAGGAAUCCUUAUCUUAUGUUGUUGAUAGUAUUGAGAAAUUACGAGAGUCAACCAUAAGUCGAAGGGAUCCCAAUCUAGUUCAGUUUCCCUUGUCUCUUCUGUUGGUCACCAAAAGAGGUGUUGGUUCAAUUUCUGACAUUGGAGGUGAAACGGCACAAAGCCUGAUCCAACAAGGUCAACAAGUGGCUGGCAAAUUUCAGUGCGGUUAUUUAGAGCCUGCUUCUCCAGGUGUGGGCUAUGGUCGCAAUAUAAAUGAAAAACAUUUAAACCAGAUACUCAAAGGUCUGUUAGACACACGAAGACCCUCAGUUAGUCUUGGCAGUAGCUCCCCACCUUCGCUACCUGCAUUUGCAGGUUACAGAGACUCUCAGCAGAGCACAGAGGGUGACUUGCGAAUCGUAAUGUGUCUGAUGUGUGGAGAUACUUAUGAUGUUGACCAGCUUCUUUCACCAUUCUUGUUGCCCCAGCACUGUCGCCCCUCUUCCAGUCUGUCCAGUGGAACAUCAGUUGUGUUGGAUUUAUCCAUUGGUGGCCAAAGGCAAAGCAUUGAUCUUACCUUUCUAUCUUACCACUCAUCUUUUUCCUUGCGUAAAAGCAGAUUAGUGCAUGGUUACAUAGCAGUGUACUCAGCCAAAAGGAAGGCUUCCAUGGAAACCCUUUGUGCCUUCCUUUGUGAGGUCCAAGAUAUUAUUCCAGUGCAAUUGCUUGCUGUUGCAGAGACUCAAUCAGAACUUGCAGACUCUGAGGCAGUCCGGGAGCAGCUUGGCCAAGGGGAAGAACUGGCCCAUGAAAUUGACGCCCGAUUCAACUCUGUAAUCUGUGGACCUGGUGGGGUGGUGGGAGGCUUGCAUCGGAUAGACCACUUCCAGCCAUUCUUUAAGGAGGUAGUGGAGAAGAAAACCAUUGUAGAGGCAACAUAUAUGUAUGACAAUGUUGCAGACAAUGUCACCAAUGAAAAUGUUUCUUCACCUCGAUGUGGCUCCCCAAGCAUCACAUUGCUGGACUCAGAGGAUGACAUCGAGCCCUCCCCACCUUAUCCCACCCUAAGGGAAGAUGGCACUUUGGCCCAUGGUGGAGGUUUUAAGCUCCCAGAUAUGGAGGGUGAUGCCUUCUCGCUCAUCUCUGACAUCACAACUUUUGAAAACAAGCUUAACAACAAAGUCCCACCUCAGGUGCGACCAAAGCCCAAUGUCACCUUUGACAUUCCCAAACCCUCAAACAUCAGUUCAUACAUGGACCUGAGCCUACAUGGACCUAACAGGCGCUCAUUACCGUCAGUCACCUGGCCACCAGCAACUGAAGGGGGUUAUGAUCCUUCUGACUAUGCUGAGCCCAUGGAUGCAGUAGCAAAGCCCCGUUCCACAGAGGAGGAAAAUAUUUAUUCUGUACCACAUGACAGCACACAGGGCAAGAUCAUCACUAUUCGCAAUGCAAACAAGAGCCAUUCUAAUGGUGCAGGAAAUGGAUCAGACAGUGAGGCUGAUAGCAGUUCAUUGGAACGUAGACGGAAACUAUCUGCUCUUGGAGUUAAACCUCGGCUGUAUCGUGAUCGGUCCAAACGUCUUGGAAAGUUCAGCAACUACCGCUCAAGCUUCAUUGGCAGUGAUGAUGAACUUGGAGGUCUCCCCAAGACUAAAGAAGAUGAGCUUGCUGCACAGAAAGGGGACAGUUCCUUGAAUGAAGAAGGCGAGGACCCGAAGAGGAGGAAUAUCUUGAGAAGUCUGCGAAGAAAUACCAAGAAAACGCGGCAAAAGGCUCGUCAGUCAUCGUUGUCCAAACCUUUGGAAAGUAACUACUUCGGUGUUCCUUUGGCAAACGUUGUCUCACCAGAGCGGCCCAUUCCACUCUUCAUUGAAAAGUGUAUCCGUUACAUUGAGGCUACAGGGUUGAGCACAGAGGGGAUCUACAGGGUGAGUGGAAAUAAGGCCGAAAUGGAAAGCAUGCAGCGGCAGUUUGACCAAGACCCUAACAUUGACCUGAUCGAGAAGGACAUGUCUGUGAACACGGUGGCAGGAGCGAUGAAGAGCUUCUUCUCAGAGCUGCCCGAUCCUCUGGUACCCUACAGCAUGCAGACGGAGCUGGUGGAGGCCUUCAAAAUCAAUGAUCGAGAGCAGCGCCUCCACACCAUGAAGGACGUGCUCCGCAGGUUCCCUCGAGAAAACUACGAGGUCUUCAAAUACGUCAUCACGCACCUGAACAAGGUGAGUCAAAACAGCCGCCUGAACCUGAUGACCAGCGAGAACUUGUCCAUCUGUUUCUGGCCGACACUGAUGCGGCCCGAUUUCACCACCAUGGACGCGCUGACAGCCACACGCACCUACCAGACAGUCAUCGAGACCUUUAUCCACCAGUGUGCUUUCUUCUUCUACAAUCAGCCCUUGGCCGACACACCCAGUGGCUUGCCCGGACAACCCGCCUCGCCUACCACCGCCUUGUCUUCUGCCUCCUCUAUACCAGGCUCCACCUACUCUGCCUGUUACACCCCAUUACAACCUGUAGCCUCGCCCUUCGGCGCCGCCCAACAAUCCCCGCCCCAUUCUCCACCCUCAAUCCAGAGCCUGCUGCCUUCGCUCCACCCCCAUCACACCCCUACAGAACAACACAUGCUGUGAAGCCGUAGAGGAGGCGGAGAACUUUGGGAGCACUGAAAGAGAUCAAUCGAAUGGAAGAAACUUCCGAAGAGAUUGCACGGCCGUGCCUGACUUAUCACAAGCAGCAGAGGAACGGGAAAGAAAGAGGUCAAGAGUACAUGAGCUACGUCAACCACACUUCAUCGCCCUCUUUCUGCAUCAAGCUCCUCUAUAAAUUGCUCUGUUCUUGGCCCUUUAUGCUCCUCACACACAUUUAGA